AAGAAACGCAAUGGAGGAGUCAAGCCAGACAAAUGUAUUUAUUGUUGAACUUUUCUCUGAUGAGCCAUGCAAAGUCGCACACACUAAAAAGACUUCUAUCAUGACAAAUGUGCAAGAGAAACAAGAUGCAGUUGGUGGUUUGAUCAACUCAGAUGGAGAAGAGUUAGAAUGGGAUCCUGGAAGCUCCAGCAAGGCUCCUGAUGUUACAUUACCUCGUGACACGCACACGGCAACACCAGCCACAUGUGAAUAUAGCCAUCCUCUGAAAACGACACCCAGGAAACACCUGAAGAAAACUGAAGCUGGGGAGCUCUUUGGCUAUACAGAAUGCAGCAAAGAUUUCCAGAGCAUAUACACCAGAGGCCGCCAUCUGAGAGAAAAACAUGGACAACAUCCAUGUCACAAGUGCUGCGACUGUGGACAGACAUUUAAAAUUAAACGAAGCUUGAUGGUCCAUCGGCGGAUCUACCAUCCAGCACCUGCAGUGGCUGUGGAACCUGAAGAAGACCGAAGGCCUCCAAAGACUUAUCUUUGUUCAACAUGUGAAAAGCAAUUUCCUACGAGUGCCUCUCUGAAAAGGCACCUCAUCAUUCACUCAGGGAAGAAACCGUACAAGUGCACUUCAUGUGGAAGAGGUUUCACACAGAUUGGAAACCUUAAAACACACCAGAAGGUUCAUAAAGGGAAAUUCACCAAUAUGGCAGCAUUAGAGAAAAGCUUCCCUCAACCUGAAGAGGCCCAGUCAUCAGUGCGAAUCUGCUUCUGUCAUUUGUGUUGGACACAAUUUUCAGAGAGACAACUAUUAGAGGAACACUUAAAACAAGUCCAUGAGUCAAAGAAACCUUUUUCCUGCGCACAGCGUGGCAAGACAUUUAUGUGCAUCCAGAAAUUAAAAGAACAUGAAGCUGGGCACAAGGGCCCGAAGCUCUACCAGUGCUCGCAGUGUGAUAAAGGUUUCCAGACCUCAAAGGGACUCGAGAAUCACAUGCGAGAUCACACAGGAGAGAAACCUUUCCUGUGCAUUAUAUGUGGAAAAAGUUUUAAGCAGAAAUCUACUCUGAGAUCGCACUAUGUGUCGCAUUCUGGAGAGAGGCUUCACCUCUGCUCCAUCUGUGGUAAACGUUAUACGAGAGCCGAAGAGCUUAAAGUUCACCUCAGAGUUCAUACAGGAGAGAAGCCCUACCAGUGUGACGAGUGCGGGAAGAGUUUCUACUCUAGGCAAGGCUUCAACAACCAUAAGAAGACUCACAAAGCUAAACCCAUAGGGCCCACCAGGCAGCUGGGCAGACCUAGACAGGUGGGCAGUACCAGGAAGUCAAGACGGCCCAAGAAGAUCUUUCAGAGAGCUCUGCCUGAUUCAGACGGAGAGGACCUGACCUGGGAGCCUACUGACCUUGGAAGUAGGUCUGAGCGUCACUUUGGCAACCAAGACAAUCAUGCUGCAGAGAAGCACAGGCAGACAUCUCCGUGGAACUUUGUUCAAUAUACAGCUUUUAACCUGUGGGACCAAAACCCAAAUACAUGUAACAGGAGAGCGACAGAUGGCCACCAGACUUAUGGUGCUCCAGCAAGAGCAAGCAUUAAUUUCAGUGACCUGCUCAGGAGCACGACAGAUCAGGAGCACUUUAAAGAGAGCUGUCCAGCAGAGCAGCCCUCAUGGCCUUCUGGGAGUUUAUCUGUAUCACCACCCUGUGAGCUCGGGUUCACCACACCCUUCCCACAUAACACCACAUCAAAGAAAAUACUUGUGAGCAAGGCGGGUGCAGUAAUAAAUCACCAUGAAGAACACAGACCUGAACAGGACCAUGACCACAGGACAGCAACUACAGACGAAACUUUAAGACAGCCGGAUCCUGAACAUAGCGGCUCCCACAAACAGCCUCAGGAAAAGCUGUCUGCGGGUCCUAAAAAAAAACAGGAGCCUAGCAGACUCAAAAAGAGCUACGACUGUCUGACUUGUGGAAGAGUGUUCUCUCACAACACUGCUCUGCAGCGACACCUUGUGAUUCACUCAGGGAAAAGACCUUUCAAGUGCUUCAUAUGUGGAAGAGGAUUCACCCAGAGUGGAAACCUCAAAACACACAUGAAAGUACACAGAGGAGAGUUACCAACUUGGACAUUAGUGCAAGAGAAGAGUGUCCCUAAAGAAUCUGCUGUAACAGUUCAUGUGUGUGGAGAGUGUGGCAUGGACUUCCCUCAGAAACAGCAGCUGGAGGAACACCGCCAGAGUCACAGAAAGCCUUACGCAUGUCCUGACUGUGGCAAGACAUUCAAAAAUGAAUAUUAUUUUAAAAUACAUAAGCGUGUUCACUCAGGAGAUUCACCUUUUAUCUGUUCAGAGUGCGGAAAGAGUUGUGUCACAGCAGAUUCACUUAAAAAACACGAGUUGACGCACACUGGAGAAAAGAAUUUCCACUGUGAUCAGUGUGGGAAGGCAUUUUCGCAAUCCUCCCACCUCAGUGUGCACCUCAAGACUCACACCGGAGAGCGGCCUCACCUCUGCUCAAUCUGUGGCAAAAGGUAUUCUAAAGCAAGUGAUCUGAAAGUUCAUCUUCGAGUUCACACUGGAGAGAAACCGUAUACUUGCGAGAAGUGUGGCAAGUGCUUCUAUUACUCUCAAGGCUAUCGAACGCAUCUGAAGAUUCACGAAAAGAAGCCAAAGGCUCCCACAAAACCAUUGGGGAGACCAAAACAACAGCCAUUAGUGGUUGAAAAAAAAAAAGGGGAAAAAGUAUUACAUUUUGCCAAUCUAUCACUUGUGUAAUAAAAUAUCUUUCAAAUGGCUGAAGUGAUUUGCCAAGCAAUAUGAUAUACUGGUAAACUCCAUUACCUAUAUUGGACUAAAGUAUUUAAGAGAAUAAAUCAUGAUAUUCUGAAUUGUUCGUUGUUUUGUGUUUAGUUUUUUUGUGAUUCACCUAAACUUGACCCUUUGACCAGAGUUUUAUCCAAUAAUUUCACUCCACAGAUCACAAUAUAAAUCGGUGCGUUACAAAUGAAAAGGUUUUUACUGCAUUCUUUGAAAAAAAAUAACUAAAUAAAAGCCUGUACUUAAAAAUAUAUUGUAUAAGUGGCAUCUAAUUACUUUAUGUAUGCUUGUUAUUUUAGUCAGAACCUUUUAUUUAUACAUAGUACAUACAUAUAAGAUGCGUUUUGCAUUAGAUUAUCACGCAGCAGGAUAAUAGUGUUUACGUUAAUUUUACCAUUGUUGGAAAUUCAUUUUUGUAUCCACAUAUGUUUCUCAAACUUUUUCUGUCACACCCCUAGGCUAAACUAAAACAAUGUAUAAAAACAUGAAUUUCACGUGACUUUUUUGCCCCAGUGGUGGGCAAACUACAAUAACAACAAAGGGAGCAUUAUAUUGAAAUAACAUCAAGAGUAUGAACUUCAUGUUUUCAUUUUAAUAAUGUUAAGAGCCUUGUUAACAUCG